GAGGAAAAGAAAAGCAAGAAUAAUCCAUAGCCUCAUAUUGAAGAUUACACAAGGGCCCUACAUGCUACUACUACUCUCAUCUCAACAGUUUUCUGAUGCCUAACUAUCUUCAGAAGAACUUCAAGAAUUCACCAGGCAAUGUAUCAAAAACAUCUCAAUCUUUUACUUUAAAAUCUAAAUCAAAAUAUCUUUCAUGUAGCUAAAUAAUUCUUGUUCUAACACUUCCAAUUUGGCCACCAAAAACUAACCCAAUUGCAAUAUUGCAUGGCUAAGCAAAUGAGCACUUGCUCAUCUUCAAUAGUAGCAGCAGUGAAAGUUUCUCCCUCUACACUUAAAAAUGGUACUUGUUUUUUGCCAUCAUCUUCUAUUAUUUUCCCUUCAAAACUCUGCUCUUCCAAAUGGGUGUCUCACAUUCUUUCAAGAUUCUACAAAACAAAGUGCUUCAAUUCAGAAUCUCCAAAUGGGCAUCCUUUAAAUCCAGUCUCUCUUCAAGAUGAUGUACCUGUGGCCCCAAUCAUUGCAAAGAAUGUUGAGCCGCUAGAGGAUCUUCAGGCGCUUCCGGUAUUACAUUCUGUCAAAAAAGAUCCCACACUGAGCAUAAUUGUAGUUGGUGCCUCAGGAGAUCUUGCCAAGAAGAAGAUAUUUCCUGCCCUUUUUGCUCUCUUUUAUGAAGACUUUCUAACUGAGAACUUCACAAUAUUUGGUUAUGCACGAACAAAACUGAGUGAUGAGGAGCUGCGGAACAUGAUCAGUGCAACCUUAACCUGUAGAGUAGAUCAGAGGGAAAAUUGUGCUGACAAAAUGGACCAAUUUUUACAACGAUGCUUUUACCAUUCCGGUCAGUACAAUUCUGAGGAUGACUUUUCAAAAUUGGACUGUAAGCUUAAAGAAAAAGAGGCUGGUAGGCUGCCUAAUAGGCUAUUUUACCUUUCAAUACCACCAAACAUAUUUGUGGAUGUGGUGAGAUGUGUUAGCCACCGAGCUUCUUCAGAGAGUGGAUGGACAAGGGUUAUCGUUGAAAAACCAUUUGGACGUGACUCAGAUUCAUCGCGUGAGCUGACUAGAAGCUUUAAACAGUACUUGACCGAGGAACAAAUUUUCAGGAUUGACCAUUACUUGGGGAAGGAGCUGGUUGAGAAUCUAUCAGUUCUACGUUUUUCGAAUCUAGUUUUUGAGCCUCUAUGGUCAAGGAACUACAUCCGGAAUGUCCAAUUGAUAUUCUCUGAAGAUUUUGGUACAGAGGGACGAGGAGGAUACUUUGAUAACUAUGGAAUUAUCCGGGAUAUAAUGCAAAACCAUCUUCUUCAAAUUCUAGCGCUGUUCGCAAUGGAAACGCCAGUUAGCUUAGAUGCUGAGGACAUUAGGAAUGAAAAGGUAAAAGUGCUUAGAUCAAUGAGACCACUUCAGCUUCAAGACGUGGUUGUAGGUCAGUACAAGGGUCACAGCAAUGGGGGAAAAUCGUACCAAGGUUAUACAGAUGAUCCAACAGUACCAAAGAAUAGUCUCACUCCAACUUUUGCAGCUGCAGCAUUAUUCAUCGACAAUGCUAGAUGGGAUGGAGUUCCUUUCCUGAUGAAAGCUGGAAAAGCUCUUCAUACAAAGAGAGCUGAAAUCCGGGUGCAGUUUAGACAUGUUCCUGGAAACUUAUACAAGAGAAUCAUUGGUAGCGAUUCAGAUAAAGCUACCAAUGAGCUUGUUCUUCGGGUUCAACCUGAUGAAGCAAUUUUCUUAAAAAUCAACAACAAGGUUCCCGGCCUUGGGAUGAGAUUGGAUCGCAGUGACCUUAAUUUGUUUUACAGUGCUAGGUAUCGUGGAGAAAUUCCUGAUGCAUACGAGAGGUUACUUCUGGAUGCAAUAGAAGGAGAGCGGAGGCUGUUCAUUAGAAGUGAUGAACUCGAUGCUGCAUGGGCAUUGUUCACGCCAUUGUUAAAGGCUCUAGAAGAGAAAAAGGUAGCACCAGAGCUUUACCCAUAUGGUAGCAGAGGACCUGUUGGAGCCCAUUAUCUUGCUGCUAAACACAAUGUUCGCUGGGGUGAUAUUAGUGGUGAGUACUCGUGAAAUGAUAACCAAGGCAUGGUUAUGUGAGUAGAGUGCUCUAGCCUUUAUGUGGUACGUAUAUUCACUACGGAGCUAAAACUCUGGCAGCUAACUUGUGAAUACAAGCUUGGUGCUGAAUUCCUGUUAUCAUGUAUGAAUGGUAUCGUGAGCAUGGGACGCAUAUACAUAGAGAAUGGAAUAAGCAUGAGAGGAACAUAUUCGACGAAUGAAAAGUUGUUUCUGUAUUGCACACUGUAGAUUUAUCUGUUUGAGUCAAUUUUAUACAAAAUCAAGUGUCUUACUACAUGCUAAGCAUGUAAUGAAUCAGUCAAUUUGUAGUUAAAGCUCUAUUCAUUUUGAUGAACCGAAUGGAUUCUGUUAGUUGAUUUUGCUAACAGUUUGUUGUUAAGAAACAGCAUUGUUGCCCCUUGUCA